CCAUAGUUUUUAUCUUUACCUCUCUUCAUCAGCAACAUUGUUAUUCCUUCUUAACAGCCGGAUUGCAACGUUUUUUUGAUUCUUUAAACAUUUCAUUUCAUUUAUAUUGCAUAUAAUUUUGUGAAAUUUGUAACAAUUAUCUUUUUUAUUCUACAGAAUUGGAUAAUUUUUGCCACAUCCUGAAUUAUAAGGAAUAAACCAAGAAAAGGAAAAUCACUAUCAGUCACAACAUCAUCAUCAGCAACAGCAAGAGCAUCACAUCAGCAGCAGCAGCAUCAUCAUCAUCAUUUUACUCUAAAAGUGUGGUUAUUGUUAACUUGUCUUCCUUUUUGCUAUAUAUUUGUGAUUAUUUGGAAAUAUCUUUAAUUUAAUAAAUAUAUUGUUAUAAACAAAUAUCAAGAUGACUGAAACUCCUGCGAUAAGAAGAAUUGUUAAACAGGUACUUUCUGGUGACUCUAUUAUUAUUAGAGACAAGCCACGUGGAGCUGCUCCUGAAGAAAUCCAAGUUGGAUUAAGCUGGAUUAUUGCACCGAAGAUGGGUAGAAAAAGUGGAAAUAAGGAAGAAAUACCUGAGGAUAUUGGUGCCUUUGAGGCAAGAGAAUUUUUACGUAAACGUUUAGUUGGUAAAGAAAUUAUUUUCAAAAAAUUAUAUUCAGUACCAAUUGGACCAGGUGGAUCACGAGAUUGUGGACUAAUUUAUCUUGACAAUGAUGAACAAUCUAUUAAUGAAAAGUUGAUAGACGAAGGAUUAGCUGAAGUAAUUAAACGUCGUCAAAAUGAAGAGUCACCAAUUUACAAGCGUAUGAUUGAAUUGGAAGAAGCUGCAAAAGAAGGUAAAAAAGGAAAAUGGGCUCCAGUUGGUGAAAAGAAAAGCUUUAAAAGGAGAAUUGUUCACCAAGAAUUAAGUCAAGAUACAGCUGAAAGUUUAAAAAAUAAAACUUUCAAGGAGAAUGCUAUAGUGGAAUAUAUCCAAAGUGCUGAUCAAAUGAGAAUUUCAUUAUUGGUCAAUAAAGAAAAACAUGAAUGGCAAAUGAUAACAUUGAGAUUAUCUGGAAUAAAAUGUCGAAAUGAUUCCCAAUUAGCGGAAGAAAGUAAAUUUUUUGUUGAAAGUAGAAUCCUUCAACGAGAUGUUUUGGUUAAAAUUGAAUCAUUACAGAGAACUGGUGAUAAUCCAAUAUUAUUUGGAUCAGUUUUUGGUGGACGUGAUAACGCUAAUAACAUUGCUAUAGCAUUAUUGAAGGAAGGUUAUGGUACAAUUAUUGAUGUAACAUUAAAAUUGACUCCUGAUCCAGCUCAAUAUAGAGCAGCAGUGGCUGACGCAAAAGCACGAAAAGUACGAAUUUGGAAAGAUUACAAGGGUGGUGUUGAUGGUAAAAGUGGUGGUGCCGGUGAAAAUGGUGUUGAAGGUGCUGGAAAGACUUCAUUUGAUGGUAAAGUUAUUGAAAUUAUAAAUGGUGAUGCAUUGAAUAUAAUUUCAAAUAAGGAUGGUCAAGUGAAGAAAGUAUUUUUAGCAUCUAUUCGUCCACCUCCUAGACGAGCUGAUAUUGCACCUGAUCAAAAGGUACGAGCUUUAUAUGAUACACCAUAUAUGUUUGAAGCUCGUGAAUUUUUGAGAAAAAAGUUGAUUGGAAAAAAUGUUAAAGUUAUCGUUGAUUAUGUUCAACCUAAGAAUGAAAAUUUUCCAGAAAAAACUUGUGCAACUGUUAUGCUUGGAGGUGUAAAUAUUGGUGAAGCUCUUGUUUCUCGUGGUUUAGCAAGUGUUGUUAAAUAUCGAGCUGAUGAGGAGAGGAAAGCAUCAAAUUAUGAUGUUUUAUUGGACAGUGAAAUAAAGGCUGAAAAGGCAAAGAAAGGUAUACAUGGCAAAGAAGCACAAGGAAAAAAAGUUGUGGAUUUAUCGUUUGAUGUUAGUAAAGCUAAAGGAUUUAUGCCUUUCUUAAUAAAAAGUGGCCAAGGUGGACCUAGAAAAGAUGGUUUAGUAGAGCAUGUGUUUUCAGCAUCUCGUAUAAAAGUAUUUAUACCAAAAGAGAAUUGUUUAAUUAAUUUAAUCAUUGGAGGUAUAAAUGCAGAUAAGCCAAACGACAGUAAAUAUGGUCAAGCUGGAUUUGAAUUGGUAAAAAGUUUGGUACAUCAACGAGAUAUUCAGUGUUCAAUUGAGAACAUGGAUAAAGUUGGAAAUUACAUUGGUUAUGUGUAUUAUGAGACUGAACCAGGACAUUGGAAAAAUUUAUCAUUAACAUUAAUUGAAAAAGGAUUGGCAUCAAUUCGAGAUGCUCGUGAUGCUGAAAUGAUUCGGGCUGAAGAAGAAGCAAAGAAAGAAAAAAUUGGUUUAUGGGCUGAUUGGGUACCAGAAGAAGAAGAUGAUGAAGACGAAGACAAUGAAGAUAAUGUUUCUGAUGAUAAUGUUGAUGAAACUGAAGAUGGUGAAACAGGAGAAAAAGAAGGAAAUGCAACAACAUCUUCAACAACGGGAACAACAUCAACAUCACCAGGAGGAGGAACAACAGAAAAAACAACGGAAAAUAAAAACGGCGUAGAAAGUAAGAAAAAGUCAAAGAAAGAAGGACAACAAGAAGAUUACAGUAAAUUGGAUAAAGUUGUUCCUGUGGAAGUGAAUGGAGAUUUGACUGGAUUUUAUGCUCAACACAUAAAACAAGGAGAAAAAUUAGAGAAAUUAUUAGAUUCAAUGCAAGAAGAAUUAAAGAAAAACCCACCAACACCAUUUUCUUAUAACUUUAAGAAAGGUGAAAUUGUAUCAGCUAAAUAUUCUGAUGGUCGAUGGUACAGAGGAAAAAUCGAAAAGCUUAACGUAAAUGCUAAAACUGCAGAUAUAUUUUUCAUUGAUUAUGGUAACAGUGAAGUGGUAUCACAAGAAAAUUUGGCACCUUUACCAUCAGCAGAUUAUUCAAUCAACAAUUUUCCAGCUGCUGCUAUAUUGUAUGGUCUUGCCUUUAUGACUUUACCUGCUAAUGAUAGUGAAGCAUUGGCUGAUGCUAAAGGAGCAUUUGAAACAACUAUUAUUGGUAAAGAGUUUUAUCUAAAGAAAGAAUAUGCUGAAACAUUGAAUGGUAAUCCAAUUGACAUGGUCAGUCUAAUUGAUGUUGAAAGUAAACAAAAUGCUUGCGUGAAUUUAGUUAAACAAGGAUAUUUCAUGGUCAAAAUAUUAGAGAAAGAAGGAAAGAUACAAAAUUCAACAAAAGUUUAUCGGAAUAUAAAAGUGCUCAAGAAGUGGCCAAAAAGAAGCGAUUGGUUCUCUGGGUUUAUGGUGAUAAUACCGAAGAUGAUGCUAGAGAAUUUGGUCUAGCUAAAUAACUAAUCAAAUGAUUAAACAACAAACAACCUGAUUGAAUUACAAUAUAAAGAGGAAUCUAUUCUCAUAUUGAUUCAGUUAUUAGAUCGUUUUUUUCUGGUUUUUAUGCUAAUCCCCAGAUCUAUUCUUUGUAAAGUAUUUUUCGUCUCACUUGUCUGACUUUUUGCAUCAUUUGUUUCUUCGAUUUGAACAAUUGACCAUAUCCGAGUAAUCAAUUUUUUGUACAACUAUGUUGAGCAACAUUUAUACAAUUUAUAUUUUCAACUAAAUGCUAAAGUUAAACCUUUAAGUUAACUGUUAACUUGCUUAUUACCAUCAUUUUCGGUGAUAUUUGUAUUUCCUCUGGUUUAUUACUAUUUCGAGGAUCAAUUCUACUUCCAGUUGUCUCUAUGUGAUCAAGCAUCUCAACUACUAUUGUAAUCAAACGUAUUUCCGCGUACUAAUUUAAAAUGUUUUGAAAUUAUCAUUUUAUAUCAACAUCAUAAUCUUCUAGUUGUAAACUUCAUCAAGGAUAUGUUUGCCAGUUA